UCCUGGUCCAGCUGUUUUCUGCUGUUAGUGUCGGUGUCGCUUCAGCUUCUGUCCAGGCUCUCCAAAUUAAGCAUGAAGUGUGUGAGCAGUGCAGACGGAGUCUUCCAUUAUGUUCUGGGGGAGCUGUCUUAUGAUGACUUUGACAAAUCAGGGAGAAUAAGCAUGUGGAAGCUGUCGAAACUGGUGGAAGGAGCCCGCCGUGCAAGAAACCAAUCUGUCGGUCCCCACUGGGGAGAAUUGGACAUGCUGGUAUUCAUGCGGUCCCAAUACUUUCAGAUUCACCCAGCCUUCCACAAUGUCAAGCUCACGCAAAACCACUCUGUGGAGCUGACUUGUACCAUGAGUCACCUUGGGCAGACAUCGUAUUGUUUAGAGUGCAAAGUGUGGGAUCUGACCGUGAACAAGCUCUUGGCCACCGUCAGCACCCACGCCGUGUUCAUUUCACAGCAGACGCGCCGCCCUAUUCCUGUGGCAGCCGAGGCAAUGCGGUUGUCCAAGACAGUACCCUCGAGCGAAAAGAGGCCCAUUUCUGGGCCCCAGUUUCCAGCACGGCCUGUCCGGUGCUUCAGCCAGACCAGAGCCGUCAUGCCUAGUGACACGGAUUCCAAUCAGCAUCUCAAUCAAGCCAUGUUCAUUCGCUUCUGCUUCGACUGUGCCGGCUCUGCUGCCUUGCAAGGAAAGCUAUCCGCCUUUAGGAAUGACGUCCUCUACGCUGACGCCAAAAGGCUGUGGAUCUUGUACAUACGCGAGGCCAGGGUCGGUGAGAAGUUGACCCUGUUCUGUUGGGAAGACAGUGAUCUGAAUCGAACCAUUUGGGUUGAAAUAUGUCUAGAAUUCCAGGUUAUUGGCCAGUGUCAGAUACAAUUUUAUGAAGGCCUCUGGUGCACAAAUUCUGAAGGUGACCAUGACAAAGGGUCACCUUUAGCAAAAUUGUGAAUGUGUGAGAGGACUAAAAAAUUCUGCCGCACUGAAAAGGCAUUAGCAGAAAUAUUGUUGCUCUAAUUUGAUGUAUUUGAAUGUGAUAUGUUUAAUUUGCAAUUUCUACUUUUUUCAGUUCUCAUCUUUUGAUGGCAUAAUGUCUUUUUAAGUCCACUUUAAAACAAGACAAAUUAUAGUUUUUAUCUGAAAUAUUAAUUAUGGAGUAUCAAGUUCAGUACUGCUUUAUUUGAUUAAAUGUGAAAAGAAAGUGGUUUGGCAAAAUCAGUCCAUUUUGCCAAUUUUGAGGAAAACAUUGAAAUGCAAAACAAUGGCAAAUUUGAGUCACAAUAAUUGUCCGAAAAAGCCGAAGCGUACAAUACGGGCGAUUCACAAUAGUGCACCUCCAAGAGUUUGCCAACGUGUUGGCCAAUCACGAUGCAUGAAAUC